UCUCUUUUAUUAUUUGGGGUCGGGAUUUGUUGUCAUUUUGCAGCUGAGUGUGACAGGAUCGGUUAGGGCAGGAUAGCGUGGUCCUGGUGGCGUGGUACACACUGCACACUCUGCCUAGAAAGAAUGUUAUCUCUGGUGUUCUCUAAAAUGGCGGAGGUUUGCAAAAAUGGAGCGUUUCUCAGUGGUAGACAGCAUGCCAAUCAUCACUGUGGAGGCCGACGACUCCACAUCAGCUGCCGGCCACAUCGUUGUGAAGGGAGUGGCUGACAGCGACACAGCUGAGAAGAGUGAGGACGCCGGGGACACAAUGGACACAGAUGGGAUGGCAAGGAUCAUUGAGGGGGGCCACAUCAUUGCUAACGGCACAGACGACACACAUGCCACCACCCAGAUCAUCGCCACCACUGAUGGCACACAGAUCUUCACCAGUGAGUCUGGGCACAUGAUGGCAUCCGACACUGGGCAGCUCAUCAGUACUGAACAUAAUAUCUUUAGUGACUCGGGCAGUGACAUAAUAGCUGCUGGCUCGGGUCACAUCAUAAUGAACAGCGAUGGAGUGGGGAGCAUCAUUCACUCCAGCGGGCAGGGGAUAUCGGAGGGUGGAAAGGCACACGUCGUGUCAGCAGAUGGGGACAUGAUAGCAGUGGAUGGAAGUCUCCUGGAUGGCUCCCACUCACUUCGCACUCAUGUCUCAGAGGUGAUGGAUGGGGCUCAGGAGGGAGGUGAGGAAGAAGAGGGACAGGAUUCAUUGCUGCAGAGGAUAAAGAAGGAGCCAGUUGAUGUGGAGGAGGAAGAUGAGACCUCCUCCUUCAUCCAGAUCCGUGUCAAUGCCUCAGCGCCGCGGCAGAAGAACAGCACACAGAUUCCAUUCAGGAUGGUAGCAGACUCAGAGAAGGCAGUGAGCGACUUGAUAAGCAGCGAGAGGACAAACCGAUACGCCAAGGUGGACCGUGAUGACCCAAGGAGCAGACUGCACUUUGUGAAGUACAUGAAGCGAGACGGCAAGACCAUCAAGAUCUGGGAGUGUGGCAUCUGUGGGAAGGAGUUCAUGCACCAGUACACCUUGAUGCGCCACCUGCCCACACACACUGACGAGAGGAACUUCAGGUGUAACCAGUGUGGCAAAGCCUUCCGCCAGAUGUCCACUUUGUCCCAGCACAAGGCCACACACUCUGAGUCAAGACCAUAUGUGUGUGACCUGUGCCAGAAGACCUUCAGCCGAGUGUCAACACUCAUCUCCCACAAGAAGACUCACACGGAGGAGAAGCAGCACCAGUGUCACAUCUGUGGCAAGGCAUUCCACCAGAAGGGUAAUCUAAAAAACCACCUGUUUACCCACACCAAUGAGCGUCCGUACAAGUGUCACAUAUGUGGGCGAGGGUUCAACCAGUCAUCAAACCUGCAGUGUCACAAGGCAAAGGCACACGCUGAUGGGAUCCUGGACUACCAAUAUGUUUCUGACAAGUACAAGUGUAAUUACUGUGACCUGGCCUUCUCCCGGAGGGCACAGCUGCGGCAGCAUGAAGAGUACAAGCAUGGAGUGAGGAACCUGCAUGGGUCUCGGUCCAUGUCAGGUGGUAGCGCUCGAGUCUUAGGGAACAACAGUGCCAUCCUUCGCAAACGCAAGAUUGGAAAUGUUCGCAUCAUCCAACUGCCCAAUGGUGACAAGACAUUCCAGGAGAUUGGGGUAAACGACACAAUGGCAAGACAGCGCAAAGUGAAGCCAAAAUCAAGCGUGAAGAGUGGCAUCCUGAUAGAGCCAAUUGACACCAAGGCGAUGCACCAAGCGCUGGCUGCCGGCAGGACGCCCUUCGCCCUCCUCAAGCCCACCAAGGGAGUGCCGGUCCUGGUCAAGGUGCAGUUUGCCCUCGGAAGUAAACAUAUGUUGGUUCCUGCCACAGCCAGUGAGCUGAGGAGUGCCAGCAAGUUCACGGUGUCUAGUCAACAGAGUGGAGCCAAGGCAGUGCAGAUCAAGGUCCCAGUGGUGGCGACGGUGCUGCAACGAGUGGACGAGAACGGGCAAGUGCACAUGGACAUCGAGGCACCAGGUGAUGAAGAGGAGGAGGAGGAAGAGGACGAGGAAGAGGAGGAGGACAACUAUGGUGCUUCUGAUGGGGACAACAAUUUGAGCAUUGAGCAGGAUCAUGGGAGUAAGACGAAAGCAGAUGCGACCCCAUCCAUCAUCUCUUCAGUCAGCAAUGAUGUGGAAGUCAACCAGAGACUCAUCAUCAACCCAGCAGUGGUCCAGACGUCCAUUACUGAGCCUGUCAUGGAAGGUGAGGAGGAGGGUGAGGAAGCUGGCGAACAUUCACUGGACACCCCCAUGGCACCCACUGAGGAUGGCAUCAUUAUCAGUGCCAUGGCUGGAGGGGAUCCCAUGGAGUACUCACUGGGCCAGGAGGCAGCCAUAGCCACAGGCAGUGCCGAGGAGACUGGAGAGGAAAUCAGCUCAGUGGAUCUCUUAGCCACAGCUGUGAAUCUUGUGUCUCAGGCUCAAAUGAAUAAAGAUGGCAUAAGUGGCAUGGACGGCAUUCAGUACCUGCGGCAAGUGAACCUCCGGGAGUAUGAGGUUGUGCCGGCCAACCACACCCAGGCCACACAUGUCAUCAACCAGCACGGCCACAUAGAGCAGAUCAAGGUGGUGGAGGAGAGCACCCAGGCUGUCAGUAUGGAGCAUGCCAACAUUUCUGCCUUCAUGGAUGCCCUGCAGAGUGCCGGAUACCACAUUGACACCGGCAACCAGCAGAUCAUUAUUAACGCUGAUGGGAACGCCAUGGUGGUGGAUCAGCAGGUGCACAUGGUGAUAGAUGGAGACAUGGAAGGUGUGGUGAACGAGAGCGUCGACCCGUCCUCUGUGAAUCUGGUCGUCCAUGAGGUGCCGGAGGGCAUACAGGGUGCUGAUGCUGAGGACACCAACUAAAGGAGCUUUCAGGAUCUCUCCCCUGAGCUGCCAAGCUGAAGAAGCUGUAUAUUCUCGUCAAUUUAUCGAUAUCUUAGAUAAGGUUAAGUGAGUUGCAAGUUAUGUAAGCAUCAAUUUUUUUUGUAAAAAUUUGUGUUGUUUUGGUACGUAGAAUUCCUUGCUCAUUUGUGACUGAUCCACAGAGGAGUUGAUCCAAAACACGAGAGUGCAUCACUCUUAAUGUGUACAUUUUCUAUUUCACUGUUGGUUGUACAUAAUGACAGUGAUGCUGCGUCUAGAAUCACGUCGUGUGAAGUGGUGGAUCACCAACAAUACCCAAGUGCCUUCCAACAUUUCAGACUUUGACCAAGACUUGUGUUGUGCAGAGUUGUUGCCGUUGCUCUCUCAGGACAAUAGAGACACGUAGCACAGCACUAUGAUAGCAAGCUUGGCAAUAUUUGUCAUGGUUAAAGUAAAACAUGCCCUCCUACCCUUCAUUAAGUUCAACUGUCUCACCUCUUCAUUAUAUUUCCCAAUGUGCAGGUAUGGGAUGAAUCAUGUGAAUUAUUUCAGUGCCUUGUUAAUUAGCAUUGCAAACACACACUCUUAUACAAGAAAAGUGCAUGUUAAAUUAGGAAAGUCAUGUAUUAUGUUUCUUUAUGUAUAGUUGUAGUGUAAAUAAUCUUCACAGGGUUGUUGACAAUAACAUCAAAAUCAGCUUAUUGAGAAAAAAGAAAGCUAAAUACUACAGAGGAAGCUUUUACUCACUACUGGUUACUUAUAAGGUCUAUUGUAUCCACAUCAUGUAUGUGUUUCUCUUAGUCUUGUCAAAAGUUGCCUCAUUACUCCUCUUCUUCACCCUGUAGCAACAAUUCUUUCAAUGUCUGCUGGUGGUGGCACUGCUCUCUGCCUCUCAGUGUCACGAGUCCCGUGUUCCUUCUUGUUGCAUCUCAAGCCUGGUUCUCUUCGGGCUGAGUGGCACAAUGACAGAGGCUGUGAUUCCUGACCUAAAGGCUGGACAUGUGAACCUCUUGUGUUGUGUGAGAGGGAGAGAUGAUGUUUGUUUCCAGCCCUAACUGUGCAGCCAGGCUGGAAUACUGAUAUAUCAUUUCCUCAGUGUCUCAACUUACCUGUGUCUUCAUUUUCUCAGCUGUGUUCAUCUUCAUUUUUUUAAGGAAAUGUGUUGAUAUGAAUGGUGUGAGGAGUUGUGGUGUGUACUUGUGUUUGGAUGUGUUUAGUGAAUGUGGGUCCAGGAAAGGAACACAUUGGAUACUGUUUCUUCAGACUGAUUGCUAAUUUUCCUGUCUGUGUCUCCCUAUUGCCUCUUAGUCCUUCAUAAUAUUGGCCUUUACAGAUGAGUCUCCAGGUUGCCUUUUCUCACAUUCAGUCCUUGCCUUGCCUUGGUUUAUGGUCCAACAGUUGGACUUGCAAGUGUAUACUGAAAAUAGUAUUUGUUUUGCUUUGAACCAAAUGUUAUUAUUAGGAGGUAUGUUCCUGGUCCUAGUCUAUAUUUUAGUCUUUCAAAACCAUUGUGCAGUUCAUCUUACUGAAAUUGUGAGAGCAUAGAAGUGUGAAAAGUAUUACAGAGGAAAACUGAUCUUUCUGCCUCAUUUUGCAGUAUCAAGUUUAUCAUUAAGUCAGCUUUUGUGGACAGUGGAAGGUUAAAUGAAUCAAGAGUGAAGGAGUGUAGUGUGCAGUGUGAGGUGUGUGGUGUGCAGGCUUUGUAUGAUUAGGACGAGAGACGCCUCAAAGACUUGGCCCCUUUUGUUGUUGUAUAGAGUUAUACAAUAUAUGAAGAUGCUAUUUUGUUUAGCAAAUAAUGCUUGUGAUAUGUAGAGUCAGGUUGAUUGUGCCACUUCUUGUGUAUGCUCAUGUGUGUGUGUGUGUGUGUGUGUGUGUGUGUGUGUGUGUGUGUGUGUGUGUGUGUGUGUGUGUGUGUUGAAGGGUGUGAGCCAGUGUUGUUGACUCACAGUCCUGGCAACACACAGCAGCACAGACUGUCAUGACCUCAUGUACCUGAUCCAUAGUUGUUAGUGUUGCUCAAGCCCUGCAGGCCAUGGUGGGCAGGGCACAGCAGGGCAGGGCAGGGCUCCUUAGCAUCUUGUUAGGGGCAGCAAUGGAUGCCUAUAGGCUGUGCCUCAGAAGCCAGAAACUUAAUUUAUUCCUUAUGUUUAAAAGUGCAAGUGUUGCAUUAUUCUUCACUUGACUGACUUAAUUUACUUUUGUAAUUGAUGCAAUGCAUAAAGAAGCUUAAAUGAUGAAUGCAGUCCAGCUUUAAGACUUCCUGUUUUUAUAUUAAUCAUGUAAUAUUCAGUAUGACUGGUUUUCAUUUCUAAUAAAUAUCAAACUAGA